AGUCGAUGGAGAAAACCUACUCAAAGGAGACGCUCUCCUUGUGCGUUUUUUAGGAUACACGAAACGCACGAAUAACACCGUGGGACAUCGUCUGGCAUGGAAUUAAUCUCAUUUGCUAACAUUGUUUUCCACGCACAUUUUUCUAUUUCCUCCAGAAACGUGUGCGUCACCCUUAUCCUUUGCGCAUCUAGCAGUUAAACGGAUCAUAUGCUUUACCACAGCUUUCCAGUUUUUUUCCUCCUCCGGACUUGUUUCUGGUCCAGUUAGAUAUUUUUACUCUGGCUAGCCCGCGGAACGGAUGAAACAUGGUUUUUCGUCUUUGGUAGUCGACGCCUGCCUUUGCUUCUGUUGCCCGACCACUUAAAAGUUAGUGUGGGUCUGGAUCUAAAAGAACACGGGCUUUUUGCAGAGAAGUGCAUGUUCUAUAACGUUUUUCUUGGAACUUGCCACCCAUUGCACUCGACAGCGAAGUUUUAACGGAUUGGGGAUUAUAUCUAUAAGUAUUGAAAAGAAUGCAAGGGUAUUCCGGCGCGUACGCUGUCACAACCACACUGGAGUGUUAGUCAAACUGAAGAAAACUAUAUAUUAGCUACAAGUAAGAGUUUGGCAAAAGGGCGUAGUUGCUUUCUAGUCCACCGCCAGGAGUUCCUCUUGGAUUUACAAUGGUUUUGGGGCAUAUUUUCAGCGUCCUGGUUUUAUUAGGGAAGGUGGUGUCGUCCUCGGGGGGCUCUCCGUUCCUCUCGGCCAUGGGGACGCAGGGCUGGAGGGGGCCGGUGGACUGUGUGAAGGCCAGUGACCUCUGCAAUCAGAGCCCCCAGUGCAGCUCCAGGUACCGCAUCAUGCGCCAGUGCCUGGUGGGCAAGGAGAGGGCGGCCAUGUUGGCUAACCAGGACUGCCAGGCGGCCCUGGAGGUGCUGCAGCACAGCCUGCUGUACGACUGCCGCUGCCGGAGAGGCAUGAGGAAGGAGCUCCAGUGUCUGCAGAACUACUGGAGCAUCCACCUGGGGCUGGCUGAAGAGGAGGAGUUUUACGAGACCUCGCCCUACGAGCCUGUCACCGCUCGGCACUCCGACAUGUUCCGGCUGGCCUCCAUCAUCUCAGGCAUGGACCCAGGGAAGGGGGGCCACUGUUCGGACACAGGCCGCCCCUGCAACCCCUGCCUGGACGCGGCGAAGGCCUGCAACCUCAACGACACCUGCAAGAAGCUUCGCUCCGCCUACAUCGCCACCUGUAACCGCGCCAGCCCCCCGCAGGCCCCGCCCUCCGAGCACUGCAGUCGCCGGCGGUGCCACAAGGCCCUACGGCAGUUCUUCGAGCGCGUGCCGACCGAGCUCAGCUACCGCCUGCUCUUCUGCUCCUGCCGCGACGCCGCCUGCGCCGAGAGGAGACGCCAGACCAUCGUCCCGUCCUGCGCCUUCCAGGACCGGACCCGCCCCAACUGUCUGGAGCUCCGCCGGGGCUGCCGCUCCGAGCCCCUCUGCAGGUCCAGGCUUGCAGAUUUCCACAUGAACUGCCAGUCCACACCCUACUCCAUCACCAACUGCCCGAACGACAACUACCAGGCCUGCCUCGUGUCCUACGUAGGCCUCAUCGGAUCAGAAGUGACCCCCAACUACAUGGACGCCAGUUACACCAACAUCACCAUCACACUGUGGUGCAGCUGCAAGGGCAGCGGGAACCACGAGGAGGAGUGUGAGGCCUUUCUCCGAGACUUCAGCGAGAACACCUGCCUGAGAAAUGCCAUCCAGGCUUUCGGUCAUGGGCCUGACGUUCUACCCAAAGCCUCGACUCUCCCGGCGAGGCCAACGGCAAGGGCCGGCCUCGCUCCUGCAAACACCGGCAACCUUCCCGGGAACCCCAACGACGUCAGCCUCAGCAGUGACCCCUGCGUCUUCUCCACGUGCGCUAACCUGAAGGAGGGUGGCCACAAGUGCAAUCGCUCCGACGGGCGUGCCUGUGGCGAUAAGAGUGACCUGGGCGGCCAUUUUGAGAGCCCCUUCGAGUCGCGGGACUCUAAGAUGAAGGACGAGGAGCCGGACCGAUCCUCUGGGGUUCACCUGAGCUAUGUCCAGGCAUGCCUGCUGCACCUGGCCCUCCUGGGGCUCAGGCUGACUCUGUGAAACCUGCUGCGUUUCACUGGCUUGCCAACAAGUGGUGAAAAAAACAUAUUUCCAUCUAAAUUAAAAAUAAACUCCCUGUGCAGUGGACUCCUGAUGCUGGGAUAUCACUCUUUGUUCUCAAACCCCCAUCCCUUCGGCACUGAUAAAGACAGCUGAACAACAGCAUCAACAACAACCACAAAGUCAAUACAAAAUGGAAGAACAUAUCGAGAUGGUAGUGAGGACCUCUAUUUAGAGAGAGAAAAAGAAGGAAUUUCCCGAUAGCAGGACAUGGACAGAAAGGAAUAUCCCUGGCUCCUUGUCCGACUGUCAGUUGUAACCCUGGGUGAGAAGGAACUCUCCAGAAAAACUCUGACUUCAUCAGGGCAAGCAGGGAACAGGAAUUGCCACAGGACACAGGAAAUGACACAGACACUGAUAGUGACACGCGGAGUGAACACUGUUCUUGGAGAAACACCGUUCCCUUGACACCCCCCAAAAAAGUCAACGACAGCAAACGAUCAAUUUUGCAGAGAAAAUUACUGCCAAUUUUCUUGUAUUUUCGGAGCAAAUCUUUAUUCCGCUGGGCCUGUGUAUGAUAUAAACAAUUCGAGGUGAACGCUGCGUGACAAUUCCUUCAUAAAAAGGGAAGGAAAUUGGAUCAGGAAAGAAGGCGAAUCCAUUUCAAAACAUAAACCGACAGAAUUCACACAGGGAUGGUGUUCCCGCUUGGGGACAGAGGUGGAUUAACUCCAUUCCUGUCUGUUAGGGUUGGUGGAAAUGUCCCUUUUCAAAUGUACAGACCUGACAAAUAAUGCACUGAAAAGAGAUAACAAAGAGGUGUGUGUACAGCCCUGGGGAAGGUGGAGCAAGGAUGGCCAAAUGGAACCUAACACAGAGUGAAGUCACAGGGCCAAUCUGUGGCUGUUAUUGAGUCCCCACCCCACCCCCAAAGGAGAAAAUGCUCUGUUUGCUGAGAGCAAAUACAGUGUGCAAUCUCCUACGUGGCCUUACUAUAUUCUCUCCUCUUUGGCGUGUCCAUCUUGCGUACAAAUGCUAUGCUCAUCCCACCUCCCACCUCUCAGAGAGGGAGAAAGAUAAGUAAUAUGAAGGCUUUCAGGGUUCCCAGUCGUACCCAGUGUUGCUUCGAUUUAAAACAUCUCUUUAUGAAUCAAAGCAACAGUUUUUUAUCUCGUCUUAGCUGUAUCAGUAUUGCAGCGAUACACAGGCCACAGUGCAUUUCUGUCCUUAUUUUUCUGUUACAAACACAAACAACAAGCCACUACAACAUAAUUUUGUGUAACCAGGAGCUACCCUGUCAUGAAAUAUUGAGGGUAGAUCACUUCCCAUACAGUGAUGACAUUUGGACAUGGCAAAAGAAAAUGUAAGUCUAUUUUUAAGGUACAACACUUUUCAAUGUCAUGUUUCAACAGGGGGGAAAAAAGUAUAGUUUAACACAAACAAUGUUUCUUGUGAAGAUUCAUUAAACAAUGUUUUUCAUGGAUUAAGCCAUGGUUAGUGUCUAUGUUGGGUACUCGGCAGACCUGGUUCAAAUGCAUAAUUGUUUGUGAUUCAAAUACUUUUCUGUGCUCGACUGAGCUUGCCUGGUGCAAUUGAGCCUAGAGCCAAGAGGACCAGAUGGCUGGGUUUGCACUUUUUGAGACUAUUUCAUGGGACCCAAUACACUAGACAAGUUCACUAAAGUGAAGAAAACUAUGAAUCCAAAACAAUUACAUAUCUGAGCCAGGUCUGGUACCCAGGGCCACAAUUGGCAGAACAUUCCACUGCUGUGUGUAAUAUUUCCUUAAAGGCCCACACACAUCAGUGUUAUCUUCCUGCUUUUAUUAUCUAAAACGCUCACAAAACGUUUGCAAAGAGCAGUGACGUAGGUUUUUUUCUAACUCCUCCCCCUCCUGUGGUCAGCUCUCUGUGUUAACAUUUAGCAAUGCGAUCAUACAAUUAUGCAAAAGCAUGACGUGUGAAAUCGCUUCAUAAACAGCUUGGAAAAAUAGCAGUUAGUUCCUAAAAUAUGCAUACUUCUACCAUAAUUGCAAUUGUUUUAUUUGAAUCAGUAUGGAAAACGAAUGGAAAGCUCCAGGAUGACAUGAAAAGCACAAAAACACAAAAAGCAUGCGUGUGGGCCUUUAGUGGAGAGGUCAGGACACAGCAUAAUGCAAUGCAACUGAAUGAAGGAAAUUUUAACAUCCUUUCUGAUUAUUUUUAAACAUAAAGUGAAUUGAGCAACGUACCUGUUACACUUGGCAGAAUCUCUUUGUCUGAUUGUCUUUUGUCCAUCUGCAUUCUUAUCCUUUUAUGUGUCAAAAUAUAGUGGAACAAUGACAGCAUUGUCUUAUUUUAUGUUUUGAUGCUCUAUCUCUCCAUCUAUUUACCUGUCUAUCUGUCUCACUCUCCAAAAAAUAUGUAAAAGGUAUAAAUAAAUAUUGUGAUAUUAU